AUGGUACAAUCAAUACUUGCUCAAGAAGCUCCAGUGAAGGGGGAGAUCAAUGAAGUUGGCAUGGCCAAGGAAGGCUCCUUUAAAGAAGUGCAAUUUGAUCUGAGCCUUAAUGCAUUACAAGCCUCUGCUGAGCCAUCAGAUGUGCAAGGAGUAUCCUUGCUCAAGGUGUGGUCCGAGGACCUGCAGCAUCAGCCCCACCUAUACAACCUCUUAGAUCUCUUUGAAAUUGAGAACAAACUGAUUUAUAAAGAAGCUGCCAGCUCCCACUUCACAGCCCAGCUCAGGCUCCCAGGCCAACUUCCUGAGACUCCUGCUGACGAGGAGAGUUGGACAAUUACUGAAGAGGAGACUAAGGAAAACCUUUCCUCCGACAAAAGAGAGAGCAGCGAGCCAGAGAACUUCAUUCCACUCUUUAUGCUCCAGUCACCCGUGACUGCCACUUUGUCUGAUGAAGAUGAUGGCUUCAUGGACGUUCUUGAUGGAGAGAAUCUGAAGAAUGACGAGGAGACCUCCUCCCGCAUGGCAAGCCUCUGGACGUCUCCCCUUGUCAUGAGAACAACUGCAAACGUGGGCAACCGAUGCCAGCUGUUUGACUCCACUUCCACGGGCCGCCCCGACCCGCGCUCAGUGUUGAAGAGACCAGACCGAUCUCGAGAGCCGUCCCCACCUGGAAGCACGAAGCGGAGGAAGAUCGUGCUCAGGGCCAGUCCCGGGGCGGCAGCCAGUCCCAAGAAGCCCCGGGAGAUUCUGCAUCCGUCUCCAGCCUUGGUAUCCCCCACAAAGGGGACCAUCGAGAAUAUUCCGGACAACGACCCCAGAGACCUCAUAGGGGACUUCUCCAAGGGUUAUCUCUUCCACACAGUCGCUGGGCAGCACCAGGACCUAAAGUACAUUUCUCCAGAAAUCAUGGCAUCUGUCUUGAAUGGCAAGUUUGCCAACCUCAUUGAAGAGUUUGUUAUCAUUGACUGCCGGUACCCAUACGAAUAUGAGGGCGGCCACAUCAAGGGCGCGGUGAACCUGCACAUGGAGGAUGAGGUGGAAGACUUCCUGUUCAAGAAGCCCAUCUCCCCCGCCGACCGCAAGCGCGUCAUCGUGGUGUUCCACUGCGAGUUUUCUUCCGAGCGGGGCCCGCGCAUGUGCCGCUACGUGCGAGAGAGAGAUCGGCUCAGCAACGAGUACCCCAGACUCCACUACCCUGAGCUGUACAUCCUGAAGGGCGGGUACAAGGAGUUCUUCCUCAAAUGCCCGUCUCACUGUGAGCCCCCCAGCUACCGGCCCAUGCACCAUGAGGACUUUAAAGAAGACUUGAAGAAGUUCCGUACCAAGAGCCGGACCUGGGCUGGGGAAAAGAGCAAGAGAAAGAUGUACAGCCGCCUGAAGAAGCUCUGAGGCAGCAGCCGGUGGACAGCAGCGGCCGGCGCCUGCUCCAUCCCCUCCCCUC